AUGAAAGAAUUACUGGCGCCCGCUCGAUCAGUUCGAAGAUCAACGGGAGUCAAGUGUACUCUUAGUUCUUGUGAAGAAGUUGUUAGCCGAUCACGCAUGGACAAUGGCCAAGAUGCCGCAUAUGCUUGUCCCAAAAUGUCCUUUUCAAUGGCAGUUGCACUGCGUGGUCGCGACAUGGAUAGGCGAAAGUUUGGUCUAGCCUGUGAAAGACAAGAGACUUCGGUCUACACUACAGCACCAAAUAUGACGCCAUCAACUCCCAGUAGGAAAACAUUGACGCGACUCAAAACAUCUCGAGUUGCCAACGCACAUCUGGUCCAAACACAUGCUAAGCGAAAGCAAGAGACAGAACAACGAGAAAGGCAAGAUGCCACAACCCUUCAUGACAAGGACAUCAGCACAACUCAGAACGAUGUUUUCCUACUCACAGGCAUCGCCCGAGUUCGCGAUGACCUUCACAACAAAUGA